AUGCAGGGGCCGGCCGACCGAUUGUUGGCCACUGACUUUUUGAGGGAGAGUUGGGACUCCUUCGAGGAAUGCGUCACCAAUUGCACCUGGAAUCAGCGUGCCAUGCGGUGUCGGUAUGUGCUGUGUAGCACGAUGCCGAACGUCGCAUCCGAACAAUUUUCGGGUCAAGCACAGCUUCGGUAUUUGGUCUGGACGGCAUGCUGUCAGAAAUGGUUCAUGUCCGCGGAUAUCAUGAUUGUUUGGCAAAUGGGUAUCGUGAACCAUGGCCAGGCAAGGAAGAAGGUGGAACUAACCCAGAUGGUUAACCCAGAUGGUUCCACCGAUGGCGAGAACGUGGCGGAAGCGAUUCUCGAUGAUGCCACGCUCGAUUUAGCUGUUAUCACCCCUUUACCUGGUGAUUCACAAACUUGACUACAAUCUCCGACGCUGCCCGUUGCUGCCAUACAUGAAUCAUUUGCAACGGUAACAGCGUGGAAACAUGAUGAAGCCCAGCAAGGAGCCCACUUCCAUCCAGGAAUCGGUGCAAUACUAGACAUGAGGCACCGAAAUUGGCAGAUUACCCUGGAUCGGAAGGCAAGCUACGAGUGCUCGUGGCUCAUCUGUAUGUUGUGCUGA